UUUCAAAGAUCAAAGUUUAAUGGUGUCGUCUCUAUAUGCUCAAAACGUCAUCGUUUUAGCCAGAUUCUUAAUUAGUAGUAUUAAUCACACUGCUAAUCACCCAAACUAAUUACAAAUAUUAGAGCCAAAAAUGAAUGUUCACUUAUUCAGAGGGGAAAAAAAUGGCGCUAGAAACGAUGGCUUCCCUCUUCGACCUCCUCUCAUGUUUUCUCUCGUCUUCUACUCCGCCUAGUCUGAAACCUAUCACUAGAUCCUCGCCGUGUACACUUUCAUCUUCCAUAUCCGCGAACGCGAGACCAUAUCAGCAGCUUUGGAUGACGACGAAGUUCUUCCUCAGAGCCAAUCACGAUGACGUCAUCAAUCGCGUGGCGUAUCCUUCGCUGGCGAACGCGAACCUAUUCUUCUUCAAGUCCGGAUACUACAACGUCGAGGUGGUGCCUAAAGACGGCGAAUCGGAGGAUCAGCUGUUGAACGAUUUCAAGAGAUCGGUUUUCAGAGCCGGUGUGUUGCAGGAGACUCGGAGACGACGCUUCUUCGAGAACUCUCAGGAGAAAAGGAAGCGUAAAACCAAAGAAGCUGCGAAGAAGAAUCGUAAAAGGAGGCCAAACCUGAAACCAAAACCACAUUCAACUCCAGAAAUCCCCAAGAGCAGAGAUGUUGAAGAAGACGAUAAGUGGGAAGUUCCUCCGGAGGAAAUUGAGAUUCCAUAUACCAAUCGGUCCUAGAGAUAAACCGCAUUCUCAUUCCGGUUCAGUGAUU